UAUUAUUAACACAACAUAUUUACAGGAAGGAGCUGGUGCAUCAAGUGCAAAUAUCAGACGUGCAGCUGCAUUUGCCAUCAAUGUGAGGGAGAGAUGUCACCUGUCUCAGAGGAGCGUCAACAACAUUGUUUCUGAAGUCCAGCAGUAUCAAACUACUCUUCUGAGCACCUUGAGGGACACAAUGAAGAGGAUCUUUGAAAGACAUUCAGACAGUGUGGAGCAGCUACAAGAGGAAGUACUGGCAACAUUAGACAAUUUUCAAGAUCCUUUCUCCUUCAUGGCCACCACAUACAUGCAAGACAGCACCAUCCAGAGGCUUUUUAACCCAGUUAAACCAGAGGAGGUAGUUAUGUCUCAGAGGGUUUGUCGAGUUAAAAAAGGACAAUCAAGAGUUCUUGGAAUUAAAAACAGAAGCUUUUACUAUAUAUCCCUGGUUAAGAGUCUUGAACAGCUGUUGUCCAAUUCUAGGAUUUUUGAUAUGAUCCGCACCACGCCACAGAGUUGUCACAAAGAUGGAUUUUUGUAUGAUAUUGUUGAUGGGAGCCUUUUCAAAUCCCACCCACUGUUUUCAGUGAAACCUUCUGCUUUACAGAUCAUUUUAUACACUGAUGAAAUAGAGAUCUGCAAUCCUCUCGGGUCACAUGCUUCAGUAAAUAAAUUACUGAUGGUUUAUUAUACUUUAGGAAACAUAAACCCCAAGUUUAGGUCAAAGCUGGCUGCAAUCAGACUCCUUGCUAUAGCAAAAGCUGAUGAUAUUGACAAAUGUGGUGUUGAUUUUGUAUUACAAAGAAUUGAUGAAGACUUAAAGUUGCUGUAUAAUGGUGUCACAAUCCAAACACAGAGUGGUGGAUUCGAGUUAUUUGGUGCUGUAAUUUCAGUGUGUGGUGACACACUUGCGCAGCAUGAGCUUGCUGGUUUCAAGGAAGGAGUUGGUUUUGCAUACAGUAAGUGUAGGCAUUGUGAAUGUACCUUUGAGGAAAUGCAAAUUAAUUUUAAUGAAGAGCGCUUUCCAAAAAGGACAAUGGAAAAACAUAUUCAACAGUGCCAUGAAAUAGAAAAGGCCAGCACAGACUUCUUGAAAUCGGCCCUCAAAACCACCUAUGGUAUAAACAGAAGGAGCAAGCAGGUUGAUUUUCCAGCCUUUGACCUCAUUCGGCAAACUCCACAGGACAUAAUGCACAUCAUUCUUGAGGGUGUUGCACCAAUGGAAGUUUAGUGUGUGAUAAAAUACCUUGUUCUGUCUGGACAGAUGGAGUUGGAUGUGUUCAAUUCAGCCAUGCAAAGUUUUCCUUUGUCACCAGUAGAUGUACGUGACAAACCCUGCCCUAUAAGUGUCAGUACCUUGGCAUCAAAUGAUAACAAACUUAAACAGUCCUCAGGGCAAAUGCUGAUAUUGCUGAAGAUCAUGCCUUUUCUGCUGAAUACUAUAGAGAAAAAUGAGUAUGUUCAGUUUGUUUUGGACUUAAUUGAGAUAGUUCAUAUACUUUUUGCUCCUGUUUUAUCUGUGCAGACUGUAUUAAGACUGAGAAGUAUGAUUGAACAGCAUUUGAAACAGUUUAAGCAACUUUUUCCUGAGAAUAAUGUCAUUCCUAAGCAACAUUACCUGCUGCAUCUCCCUUCCCAAAUUCUUUCCCUGGGCCCUAUGAUAAGACACAUGUGCAUGAGAUUUGAGUCAAAGCACUGUUUUUUCAAACAGUGGUCAUCUAAAUUGAACUUCAAAAAUGUCUAAGUCACUUGUGAAACAUAAUCAGCUUUUUGAAUGCUGUCAAAAUGAAAUGGGUAUGGAGCAUCCGAUUUUUUUACAUGAGAAAGAAUUGGGUCCUGUCUCAGAAGUAGCAAAUAUGGAGUAUGUUAAUGCAAAGAUGAGAUUUUUUGGGGAUUUAUGGCAUACAACACACAGUCAAAGUAAAGUGGCUUAUUCUCAAUGGGAACAAGUACAUAAGUGACAGGUCUCUAAUAAUCACCACUACAAAUGAGACAGUGCCUGUCUUCGGAUUUAUAAAAAACAUUUAUGUGGUAAACAGCUCAUUGUAUUGUUUUGAGUACCAGCUUUAUGAGACAGUGGGUUGGAAUAGAGGUCUUUUAGCCUAUGAAGUUGCAGUGCCUAAUCUUGCUCAAGCAACAGAGUUCAUCGAUGCUGAAAAACUAGUGGAUCAUACAUCAUAUUACCCUGUCAGUUUCAAAAACACCACGUAUGUUCUGACAAAAUAUUAUCUUGGUGAUGUUGCUCUACUUAAACAGUGAAAUGAAUGUGAAUAAACAUGUUACAACUGUGACCAGAGUGUGUGUGAAUGCUUACUGGGAGGUCUUGAAAGAAGUUUUCUAAGCUAAGAAGUGGUCAUGAAAGAGUAUCUGACAUAAUUCAGCUUACUUUCUGUGGAAAAUAUAUAGUUUUAGGAUCUACUUACUAACUAAGAA